CUUUAAAAAUUACAAAAGAAAAAAAAAAGUGAAGAAGGCGCUCCGAUGCGAUUGAUGUUUCUAAUCGUUUUAAAUUUUAUUCAUUCUUUUCAAAAACAUAACUACUACUUGUUCCACUAAAAAAAACCUAAAGAUUGAUUUAAAAUCUUAAAAAAUUUCAAAAUUGAAGCGGUUAUAAAACUAGAGAGCCAUGAGCACCGGAGAUCUCCUCAACGUUCAACCCUCAGAACUCAAAUUCCCAUUUGAAUUGAGGAAGCAGAGCGCAUGUUCUAUUCAAUUAAUUAACAAGUCGGAUAAAUAUGUGGCUUUUAAGGUUAAAACAACCAACCCUAAGAAGUACUGUGUUCGUCCCAAUACUUGCAUUAUUUUGCCCGGGGCGGCUUGCAAUGUUAUAGUUACAAUGCAAGCUCAAAAAGAGGCGCCACCUGAUAUGCAGUGUAAGGAUAAAUUCCUUCUUCAGAGUGUUGCUGUACCUGAUGGUGCAACGACAAAAGAUAUAACUGCGGAUAUGUUUAAUAAGGAGGUUGGUAAUGUUGUUGAGGAUUUCAAAUUGCGAGUCACUUACAUCCCUGCUAACCCUCCCUCGCCUGUCCCGGAAGAACCUGAAGAAGGGUUAUCUCCAAUUGCUUCUGUACUUGAGAAUGGGGAUCAGCAUUCCUUGUUGCUUGAAGCUGUAUCGAGAUCUUUACAGGAGCCUAAAGAGAAAUCUGCAGAGGUAUGGUCUACGAUAUCAAGAUUGACUGAAGAGAAAGCUUUAGCAUUGCAGCAACAUAAACAGCUAUGUGAAGAACUGGAACUGAUGAAAAGGCACGUUAACAAAAAGCGUACUGGUACUUUUUCAUUAUUCCUAGUGCUCCUUGUUGGUUUACUGAUUGGCUAUAUUUUGAAAAGUACAUAGAAAAAAAUCAUACAACUGAUAUUUUUAGCUUGGAGUGGCGACUUCAAAUUUUAGAGUCAUACUUAUAGUUUUUGAAACUUUAUAAUUCUUCUUAUAGUUUGUAAAAAUAUAAUUUGAAGUAGUAUUGGCAGUUUAAGUUAUUCAUCUUA